GCAGCGCCUCACGCCGGUCUGACCACAGCUGAUUACUACCACCAGAUGGCUCUGCUGGCGGGCCACCGCAGCCCGUACGCCACAGAUCUUCUCCCGUCUGUGGCGUCCACCGGCAGCGCGAGCAGCGCCACCGCCCUGCACAUGGAGUACCUGCAGGCGAUGGAGAAUUCGCGCUUCCCAAGCCCAAGGCUUCCGGGACGACCCAACAGGAAGCGCCCCUUGACCAUCUCUCCGCUCUCUGAGCACAGCCUCGAUUUGCAGACCAUGAUUCGUAACUCCCCGAACGCCAUAGUUACCACACUGAUGAACAGCUCACGCUCCAGCUCCUCCACCAGCGGCUCCUACGGACAUCUCUCCGCCAGAGCAAUCAGCCCAUUGAACUUCCCCUACCCUCCAACUCCGGUGGCGUUACACGUCCACCAUCAGCUGAUGGGCCGCCAGCCGGGGAUCGUGGGCUCCGCGUUCGGCCACAGUCCGCCGUUAGUCCACCCUACGCCGGCCUUUGCCAGCCAGCGUGCCGUGCCUGGCAUCCCCCCGACUGGGCUUGGCGCCGGCGAUCGCUCGGCCAUCUCCAACGACUCGUCACAGGCUAAGCCGACUAGCGAGUCAGCUGUGAGCAGCACCGGCGACCCGAUGCAUCACAAGCGGUCCAAAAUGAAACCGGAGGAUGAGUUGCCGAGUCCCGGAGCGGUGAGUGUGCAGGACCAUCCUGAUGGGAUGACUCUGGUGAAGGAGGAAGGCGACAAAGACGAGAGCAAACAGGAGCCGGAGGUGGUUUACGAGACAAACUGCCACUGGGAGAACUGCUGCCGUGAGUUUGACACCCAGGAACAGCUGGUACAACACAUCAACAAUGACCACAUCCACGGAGAAAAGAAGGAAUUUGUGUGCCGAUGGGAGGAAUGCUCUCGAGAGCAGAAGCCCUUCAAGGCCCAGUACAUGCUGGUGGUCCACAUGCGCAGACAUACUGGGGAAAAACCACACAAGUGCACAUUUGAAGGCUGCACUAAGGCCUACUCACGCCUGGAAAACCUGAAAACUCACUUACGUUCCCAUACUGGCGAGAAACCUUAUGUGUGCGAACAUGAAGGCUGUAACAAGGCUUUUUCCAACGCGUCGGAUCGGGCCAAGCAUCAGAACCGAACACACUCUAAUGAGAAACCGUACGUGUGCAAAAUCCCGGGAUGCACCAAGCGCUACACAGACCCCAGCUCCUUACGGAAGCACGUAAAGACGGUACACGGGCCAGAGGCGCAUGUCACCAAGAAACAGCGUGGCGAUUACCCACGCCCUCCGCCUCAGCCACGGGAACCUGGAGGCAACAGCCAGGGCAGGUCGCCCGGACAGCUGCCCCUGGGUGGAUACACGGACCAAAGGGAGUACAACCACGCUACCUCAAAACAAGAUGAAUGUCUGCAGGUGAAAUCUAUCAAGACAGAGAAGCCAAUGACGUCUCAGCCAAGCCCUGGCGGUCAGUCUACAUGCAGCAGUGACCAGUCCCCCAUCAGCGCCUAUCCCAGCAGUGGAGUCCAGCUUGCUGUGAGCGCCGGACGCUCGCCAGGGGAGGGGCUGGAGGAGGACGAGGAGGAGGAGGAAAAUGAAGAGGAGGUGGAGGAGGAGUGCGAGGGCGAGCCAGCCCCCAUUAUGGACUCCACGGUGUCCACGGCCACCGCGGCCAUGUUGACCCUGCAGGCGAGGCGAAGCAUCGGCCGGCCCCUGCGCUGGAUGGAGCACAUGAAGAUGGAGAGGCUAAAGCAGGUGAACGGAGCGCUGCCCAGGCUUGGGUCCCUGUCUCCCACACCACCCCCUAAAAGUUCAGCAAUGCCCAACAUCCUGGGAAAGGGAUCGUGCUUGGGCAGGCAGUGGGGGGUGCCUGCUCCUCAGCCACCUGCUCACGCUGAGUUGGCCAGCACGGAGCUAACAGUGCUCAAUUUGCUCCGAGACCGGCGCGACAGCAGCGGGAGCGCCGCCAGUUCAGCCUACCUGAGCAGCAGCCGACGCUCUUCUGGAAUUUCUCCCUGCUUCUCCAGUCGGCGCUCCAGCCAGGCUUCCCAGGGUGAUGGCAUGAUGCCGUCCCAGCACCACCGCCGCCUCCACAAUCUCAGCUCCACUGACUCUUAUGACCCCAUCUCCACAGACGCCUCCCGCCGCUCCAGUGAGGCUAGCCAGUACGGAGGUGGAGUAGUAGGAGGAGGCGUUGGAGCACUCUCAGGUGGGAGUUGUGGAGGAGGAGUUAGCUUUGGAGGAGGAGGUGGGUCACGAGGGAUGCUCAAUUUAACCCCUGCACAGCAUUACCACCUUAAGGCAAAGUACGCAGCAGCUACUGGCGGCCCACCCCCAACGCCGCUACCCAACAUGGAACGCAUGAGUCUGAAAACCCGUAUGGCCAUGAUGGAAGAGGGUGGCAGCAAUCACAGUCUACCACCUUUAGUCCGACCACCCCGUUGUGGUGAAGCCGCUGGAGGGUACAACAAUGGGUUUAUGGGGCACGGAGGUUAUAGAAGGAGGGUUCUAUAUCCUGGCGAGGGAACUCUGAAUGCGAACCGAAGGGCGAGUGACCCGGUGCGGACACAGGCUCCUGAAACUUGUAGUUUGCCUCCAGUUCAGCGAUUCAACAGCCUUAAUAAUCUCAAUCCUCUUCCCCCUCUGGCUCAUUACUCUACAGCUGAAUAUCGAAGUUUUAGCCUUCAGAACUACACACGCUCAGAGGGCAACCUGCAGAGAGGCCUGCAGCAUUCAACAAACACUGGCAGCAUUGCAGAAAAUGCAGCCUUGGAAGCCCUGGCAAUGGAGGAUGAUGGUGUAGCCGGCUUGUUUCUUGGAGAUGAAGAUAUUUUGCCAGAUGAUUUGGUGCAGUAUCUGCACUCCCAAGAUCAGAUGGGUGGUGGUUCAUACAUUCAAAAUGAAGGGCAAAUAGAUUCUAGCCAAAGGGACAACUCCUACCACGCCGUGGAAGCAGGGGUAAACUUUACCUUCCCUGAAUCUCUCUAUCUCCAGCCACAGCAGAUACUAGAGAGGAAGAGUCCUAGUAAGCUUCCCAUUCAGUGGAAUGAAGUAAGCUCAGGUAGUGUUGAGAGGUCUCCCCAAAGGUUACACAGCCACCACAUGCAGUGCGAGAGGUGGCCUGAGCCAACAACUGCAUCAGCUGGCAGGUCACGAAACACGCUGAUUCCCCAGCAGGUGUCUGUGGACUUCCAUGGCAGCUGCCAACAGGCUAACCAGUCGCAAAGUACUAGUUAUGUUAACACUGGGGUGAAGCUGGAGAAACUCCCUAACUCCUGCAUGGAGAUGAGAGGUACCAGCAUGUCAAACAUCUCACAGGGUAUCAAUGGGGCUCUUCCUCAAGGUCUUAAACAGCAGAUGUCCACUGGGCCUUCGAAACAGAGCCAUUUCCAACAGAACAACAGCAGAACCAUGUGGCAGGUUGGAAACAACCUCAUGCUUACCCGGUCCUCCAUGGACAGUGUACCCAACUUGUCCCAGGGAAUCGUUCCAGAUCACAAUCGACCAGAACAUGCCCCGUAUCCACCAAUAAACAAUUACAAAAAUGUAGUCAAAACCCAGCAGUACUUCAAUCCACAGUCGAAUGAAAUCGACCAACACCCCAUCCAACCCCAACAGCUACAGAGGAGUGGAGACCAGUGUUCUCUUGUGUGUGAUGUAUCAGGGCUCAAACUAGAGAACCUGGAUCAUGGAAACAUGGUACAAACCUUUUCGGAUUGUCUCACUUACGGACCAGCCGACUGCAAGUCCUCUUCCUUUCCUGUGUUGAAGGAGCAGAGUUUGUUAGAGUCCAUGGCAGCAUCUGAGGGACCAGGCAGCAGCAACACAAACACAAAUGCCCUCCCAUCCCCUGGUACAGACCUAGUCAGCAGCACAGUUGAUGGCCAAGUUCCAGGAAUAUUAGACGAAGGGGUAAAUCUGGACUUUGGUGCCAUCCUGGAGGAUGGCUACGAUCAGGGUAGCCUGGUCUCUGAGGUACUGAGCCCCUCUAUGUUCCAGGGCCUGUCGAGGACCUCGUCACGCCUCACCACACCUCAAGGAUCCACCACCUUCAACAGCGUUGCUCCCGGCCUCAGCAACAUGGCCAUCGGAGACAUGAGUUCCCUCCUCACCACCCUCGCUGAGGAGAGCAAGUUCUUGGCUAUAAUGCAAUAGCUGCUCCUUCUCUCCACUUUCUCCUCCAAAAGGGAUAUAAAAUGGAAACAGAAAGAAGAAAACAAUUGGUGUAUGUGAAGAUUAAGACACACAAAGUGGCAAUUAAAGGAACUUUAUAAGAAGUUAACGUUCCCAAACCGUUUUACAUUAGGAAAAUAUCAUCCCAAACAGAACAGGGAUGUGCCAUGAAUAUGUACAGAUAAAAUUAUAUUCCUUUUCUGGAAUCAAGGCUAUUUUUGGAAGCCCUUUUCUUUGUAUUUGCUGGUGAGACAAAGCUCAUCUUCCUUGAGUCAGUAUUGUGUCACUGUUUUAGCUGUUUGUAAAAAUGCAUGUAACUCCAGUUAAACCUUGAACACUGUCUAUAGGACUAGAAAGACUAGCGCCAUGUGCCAACCUUCCUAACGUCACAGGUACUCACUGCAGCUGAGACAUGGGUCAUCAGCUUAAAAGGCCCUGAGGACAACUUUAUACAUCAUAAUUUUAAUUCGUGCUAUAUUCUCAUUUGUUUGUGUUGCUUUUGUAAAUCUGUAAAAUGUUUUAGUGCUUUGACCAAGUUUUACCAAGUGGUAUUUUUGUCAAACCCCACCCUCCCAAACAAACAAACAAACAAAGAAACAAACAAACAAACAAAAAAACGGACUACAACUCCAAGUCUUCAGCCUCUGUAGAUCGUUGUCUACUUGAUAUCUUAAUUUCUUUAUUUUAGUUAGUCUGGUAAGGUACUCACAAGUGUUUGUAGAGGUGUUUUUGUAUUCUGUUUGUGGUUCGAUUUUUGAUGUUGGAUUUUACAGCUCUGCAGAACUGAUCUGUAAACGGACGCUCUGUUCUAUAAAUCUUGGUGCUUUGCGUGUGGUUACAUGGAUCGAUAUGAGUACUUCUAUGGUUUUGAAAUGUCUUAGUUCAUGAAAAGGUCUUCAGCAUAGAGGUCCUAUAAACAUGAUGUGUUUUUGUUUGAUUGUAAAGUGUAUGUAUUGUUUUCUCCACAGCUCUUAAAAUGUAGAAUGUGUACUAGGGGUGUGAUGGCUCAUGUAUUCGUCCUUGAGCCACCAUGGUACAGGCGUCACUUGAAGGCACAUGCAAUCAGAUGACAUAAAGGUCAGUCACAGGUGACCACCACUCCUAGUCAACAAAGCUUUUUAGUGCUUUUUUGUUAAAUAAUAUGAGAAAAGAGGAAUAGAUUCAGAGACUUUCUAAAGCACUCCACACCAAACCAAUGCAAGAAUGGCUGGCAAUAAUUACAAGCAUGGCUCUGAAGAUUAGCAGUGUGUUUCAAGUCCGAUGUUCAUAUCAUAGAAGGCUUAUGGUAAGGAGUAUCAUAUGUAUUCUAUGUAUUUGACAGCAGGUGUUAUUCUACCAUCAACCACCAGACACUAAAACAAAUCUCUGCUGCAGGAACCUUUUCCAUUAACCACUGCAGUUUUCUUGCUUAUCCACAGCAGGAAUCAGGGCUAAACCAGAUUCCCAGAACAGAGCUGGGAAUAUUAGUGAUGGGAAGGUGGUACUUGUUGUACUGGUUAAAUGGUCCCAGCAUUCUUCCAGUUUAAACAUGACAAACGUAGUUGGUAUUGUUAUUUAAAAACAUUUAAACCCAGCUACCCACACUAAAUACUGCUGUGCUUCACAGCUUCUAGCUUUAAGUACAUGAAUAAAAUCAGUUGAAAUAUUAUUUAAAUGAAUUAAAUGAAGGGCCGACUUCUGAUUUCAGCUACUGUAGGAGUAAUGCUCUUGUCACAGGCAUUUUUUAAAGAUUCAAACUUGUAACAUCUUUCAAGAUUGAAAGAAGCAAACCUAUUUGUUUAUAUGAUUAUUGUUUCUUCGAGAUGCUUUUCACAUUCUUUAAUUGUUAGACAUCGGUGUAUUGUUGCAAAAUUCCUCCGUGAUAAGUUAAUUAAUUUCAGCUUCGCAUAUAACAAAUGUGAAAAAGUUCAGAAUAAGAUCAUGUUCCCCACUCCUAAAUUUUACCAGUACGGUUACACCUUCUUAUAAAGUUUAAAUUGACUAAUUAAGGUCUUUAGAGUAAUCUCUCUGCAGAUUCAUUGGUCCCUCCCCUGUACAUACACGGGAGCUGGGAUUGCUCAAGUCUUUUACGAUCUAUUCCAGUUACACACUUCCACCAUAUGGAGAGGCUUUUCUUAGGUUUUAUACUUCAACCACUACAAAACAGCACAAAAAUAAUGCUGUAUUAGGGGAGAUCUAUGGACCCGGAUCACUUAUAAGAAAAGCAGCAGCACUCCUGCAGGAGGAGGAGCCUCACAGCCUCGGUGUGCGUCAUUUCUGCAAGCAAUUUGAUUUAGGAUCCCAAUAUGGAAACGUACAGAGCUGACAGGCGGGGGUGAAAUAAAAUAGGUUCCUUGCACCUAAGUUAUGCUUUGCGAAGUUCAGACGCACUUUUAAUUUCCCCUAAGUUUAUCACAAGCGCCACCUAGUGUUCAAACAGCGAAUCACUAUUAAAUGCUUAUUGAUACAGAGUUUUCAAAUUAGGAGAAGUUACGUAUUUCUUCUGUGCUGUCUUUUGUGUGGAAUUAAGUUUUCAAAUGAAAUUUAAAAAAGACUUUAAAAGGAAACUUUUUUUUUCACUAAAGCACUAAAGAAGUUUUGGACCUUUUUUAAUUGACGCUAAGCCAAAUUAUUUUCAAACUAAAAAAUAACUUAAAUAUUUUUGUCCUUGCUCAUCCUCUGCCAGUACAAAAAUCUUACUAGUAAAUACUGAAAGAAUAUUUUGCAUUUGCCUGUGGGCUGUCGUGGCGUACCUGUACCAACCUUAUGUGUGCUGUCACACCCCUAAUGCGUACUGCCAUCAAGUAUUGCAGUGACUUUGUCCAGCAGUGUUAGUUUUGCCUUGCAGUCUUCUGCCGCUGUGCACUGAAUAUUGAGGAAUUUACCUUUCAUUCAACAUUGGAACAAUGAGGUACAAAAGUAUAUUUUUUGUUGUUUUUUUUAUUUUUUUAUUUGUCCUUGGGUACUUUUGUCAUUUUUGUAGCUGUGCAUUGGAGUUCUAUUUUUUUGUUAUAUUCAAAGAAGUUGAGAUCAUUUCCUUUGACAGAAGGAAAUGGGCUGAGGUAUGUGCCUUAAACGAGAGAGAUCACUGCCAAUCUUCCAUUGUGAAUACUGAUUUAAAAAAAAAAAGGUGAAACUUUAAAACCUGAAAGGAAAUUAAAGAGAACAUUUAUAUAAGGAAAGUCUGAAUAUCUGAAAAGUAAAGAUUUGCAACAUACAUUGUACUUUUUCUUUUAUUUUCCAAGUUUUCACAUUUAUUGUGCUUUUAUAUAAAUAUAUAUAUAAAUAUAUAUAUGUAAAUAAAAUACUCUUUCUGUAGAUUUAGCAAAUGAAACGUGGAGUAUCCUGGGACCAAUAAAGAACUUUGAAAUCAAGGAUUCCCAGCCCCAGAUCUGGCUGCAGAGCUCUGCACCUUCGCCAGAAGAGCCGCGUCACACUUUUAUAACUGACAACAAAUGUUUGUAUGGUUUUAAUAAAAAACGAAAAAUAUA